AUGUCCUGCGGCCACACUCUGCGCACCCGGCUCCGGGACUGCGGCGCAGGCACCGGGUGCGGAGGCGAGCGCUGGCAGCCCGCCUUCAUCAACGACAGCUGCGCGUCGUGCCACCGGUCCCAGAACUACACCCAAAACCGCAGGCUGCACGAAGAGGAGCACGCCGCUAUCAUGGCCGACCACAGGCGUGCCGCGGCCGACGGAAACGAGGAGAGCAUGCGCCGUCUCCGGCGCGCCAUGCUCGAGCACACGCGCUCGUCGCGACAGAGGAACUUCGCGGCGAGCCUGGUACGGGAGGAGGAGUGCGGUGAUGUGCGUUGGCCUGGCGCCCGCAGUGAAGGCGGCCGAGAAACUCCGAAUGGUGACGGGAGCAACAUUCAGGAGACUAGGACUGGAUCUGGUGGUCAAGUUUAG